AUUACAAAAUGUGCAUAAAAAAAUUAGCUUACACCUGUUAAUGCAUAAAGGUCUGAAAGGCAUUAUGCAUUUUUAAACAUGUUCAGACAAGCAUUUUUAAUUAUGCAUGUACUUUAGGUAUUAUUUUACAUUUUAAAUGACAAUGUAGUUUGACACACUCUUAGUUUUCUGUUUUCAUUUUGACAUAUAAAGUACACCACCACUCUAGUAGAUACAUAUCUGUACCAUAUGGGGACACAUUAACCACCACAAGAAAGAUGCUGUUGUCUGAGUACAGCUGAUCUUAUUGUGAUCAUGGUUAUUUGCACUCUUUAUUUGUGGUUCAAAUGGAUUUAGGGAACAUAAUUUGUUGGUAAAAUCAGCAGAUAUUGUAUGUCUGUUUUCGUGGGUGGCUUUGCUGGCUGAGCUAUGACUUGAUUAGCAUUGCAUUAUAGUGAAUAUCACUGCAAUCAAACCAUUAACCUGGAACAGUCAGGAGACAUAGGUCUGUCCCAAAAGGAUGUAAUUUGAUUCUAGAUUGAAGCAGUAAAGCACUUAACUACCUGUCGAGAAUGUCCUUUUUCUUCUGAAACACACAUCCUGUCAUUAUCAAUAACUGACAACAUAAAUCUGUUUGGCUGUAAGGGACCUGGCAUGGGUGGGGUUUAAAGGGGAAGUGAAUAAGGUAAACUGGUCCAGAAGGAUGGAGAGCAUCUCUAUAUAUAUAGGCAACACAUGCUGUGUUGCAUGUUGGUCAUCGCCUUCUAGCCUUGAAGACUGUGUUAAAGUGACCAAGGUGAGUGAAGGGGCAGUGAUCCACCCGGCAAAGCGAGGGAGCCAGCAUGCGAGCGCUAAAGUCUCUGCUGCUUCUGUGGCCUUUCCUGCUACUGUGGGCAGCCUGCAGUGUGUCACAUGUGCAGGCGGAGGUCAGGGCAGUGAAGCUGUGCGGUCGCGAGUUCAUUCGGGCCGUGGUCUACACCUGUGGAGGCUCCAGGUGGAGGAGGCUGCUCACUCCACAAAACGUGCAAGAGAUUCCUAACAGCGAGCAGAGCAGUGCUGAGGGUCUGAAUGAGAGCAGAGGAUCACAUCUGUCUACACGAGAUCUCAACCACAUAUGUUGUCGGAUGGGCUGUCUUAAGAGUGACCUGGCUUUGCUGUGCUGAAGGCCAGAUGAACUCACCAUCACUCUCACAAGCUGAGCGGGGACUCUGAGACCAUCUAGCUAUUACUUGUUUGAAAAUCAGUAGCAGUGCAGUUGCUAAGGGCAACUAAAUACAAGCAAUUAUGUACAAGCAAGGUGGCCUCGUUUGAACAUAUUCAUUUGUCUGAGAAAAAGGUCGAGAGAUUUCAUGCCAACAAUUUUAUGUAUUAAAAAAAGAGAAAGAUUUUAAUUUCAGGACUGUUGAUCUAUUUGUUAAAACUGCAAGUCUGAUUGUAAUGUAUAGUUUGCAAAUGUUGUCUAAUAAAUACAAUUGCAUAUCUGUGGGCAUGUGUUUUUUAGCUUUAUUGUGAAUGGUAACAUACACUCCAUAAUCAACUUUCAAAUGAUCUAUAAUUUUUCAGGCUAUGUCCAUCCAAAUCAAUAUUUCUCAGCAAGUUUUAAUGCAAUGCAUUAGGAGCAAGUUUCCCAGACUCAGAUUAAACUUAACACUGGUCCAAAAAUGAUGCCCAAAUGUUUUUGGCACACAAUUGACCUAAUUCAUAUCUGGAAGCUGUGCAGGAAGUGAGGAACAUGGAUGAUUUGUGCAUUUAGCAUGGCCAAAACGUUUUAGUAAAAUUAAACAAAUGCGUAAAUACAAAUUCAUACAUUCUGCUUACGUUUUAUUGGUUUGGAAAGAGCAAAGUAACUCAGUUCAGUGUUAACAUCAUUUGUACAAACACAGCUUGCACCUGUUGCUGGGAAGAAUCUAGAAUGAUCUAUCAAUACAGCCACACAUGCACAAGAUCUCAGUUGCACACACUCAUUCACGCACACACAUACACACACAGUCACACGUGAUUUCACUUACACAUAUAACAUAGUUUCUUGCCUUUCCUGUAUAUUUCCUGGCAAAAAUUCACUUUGGACUGUGAAGACAAACUGAUCAGCUGUUCCACAGAACUGCAUUCAAGGGAUUUUCUUUUAGCUAAUGGACACUGUUUCAGUUCUUAAAUCUAAUGAGCUCAGUGCAGUUAGGAAAUCGAUGGAGCAUACUGUGUGACACAGCGCUCAAGUCUAGGGUACUUUAGCUCUUCCACAGUGGGAAUACAACUCUUUCAAAAAGUGUCAGUGUUCUCUUCAAACCAGCACAAUCUCUAUGACAGACACUUUGAGUUAUAGUUACCCAAUGGUUUUUUGUUGUUGACAUUGAAUAUCAGAACAUCUGGGAAGUUCAACAGUAGCACAGUGGUAUUUUUUUUUCCACAAGGAACAAUAUUUUUUUUUCCACUUUAUUAGUAGUUUUUAACAUUGAAAAAAUAUGCAGCUUAUUCUCUCUUAAGGACAGUUCUUGAGAUACACACACAAAUCCAAAAAACAAAAACCUAAAGAAGGAAGAAGCAUUUUUGGUUGUCUUUACCCCUCCCCAAACCUUGUCCUUGUCAUCUCACAGAGACAUUUACCAUUUGCAAAUUAAAUCCGUAACCUUAAGCGUUGGGGCGAUUUGGAUAGGGACUCAUGCUAAAGACUGUCAAUAAAAUGCACUGGAGCAGAGAUGUCAGAUUCAGAUUGCACAUAUUGGUCUUAAUGGUGAAAUAGGUUAAAUGUCCAAAAGCUGACAAUCUAUUUUUUUUUCCCCACUAAUAGUGCAGGUAUACGUAACACUGCUUUCUUAAAGCAGGUAGAUACAUUAUACGUCCUUUUUAAUCCCCACCCAUAUACAGCUCAAAUCUUCUGGUGCACUUGAGUUUAAAAAAAUUAUAUUUGAAAUAAAUUUAAAAAUUAUACCUCAGCAGUUAUACUGUACACAGUUUACCCAACUACACAGAUAACAAAAAAAUCAAAUAUUUAUAACUUUAAGGGUCCUAAAUUGUGAUACCAUUCAAAGUCUAUACAUAUACAGAGUCACAGAGUUUUUGUUUCUUUUUUUGUACAACAAAUUAUUGUGAAUAAAUAAAAAUAGAAUGAUGUACUCAGAAGUCUAACACUGCUGUCUUGGGAACAACAGAAAGGCUAUUCAACAAUACAAGGAAAAACACCAAACGCCCUUCAAGAUAUAUAUUAUCCAUUUAAAAUGUUUUUUUUUUUCUCAAGGGAAAAACCUUUUUCAUACAAUUGCAAGCAAGACAUAUUUUAAGAUGUGGCUGCCCAAAUCUCAGAUGAAAAAAUGUUCUAUCAUAUCUCAAAUAUGACAUUAUUCUAGUGUGCCCACAAAAGCCUGACCUUUACAUGUGGCGCAUGUCUUUACAGUCUCGUAAUACUCUCUUUACCUGAUUCAGCUACAUUCCAAAAACUACACAGAUUAAUCUGAAUGACAUAUGUGUAAUCUUACAAUAUACUGCCUCCUUGUGGCCCUGAGACACACUCCAGUAUCAGCUGACCGAAUCAUGAACAGCCUCGUUUCCUAACCAGUGCCAAAAAGUUGCAUCCAAGCUUGCCAAGAGUAAGGUCUGAGAUUAAACAUUUCUUCAUUAACAGAAAGAGUUUGACUGCUCAUGGACUUAAUCAACUCUACCAGACUUCAUCCAGAGCUUCUUAUCCUGGUUAAAAUAGUCGAUUCGUUUCAACACUGAUCUACCUGUAUCAAUAUCGAUGUCAGUAUCGAAUAGAGUGAGUGUUCAGGCAGCCACAGCCCAUGGGUUGAACAUCAAGUUGUUAGUCAGGCGAGAGGCUAGCCUUAAGGGAAAGCCCAUGCUGAAUAACAGCAGCAAUACAGUUCUGAAAUGUUUACAGUUUACAAAUACAAGAAGUACACCCUAAAACGGUCCACGAU